AGGAAAGGCGUGAGACCAACAUAAUAGGACGUUUCUUCAGAUCCACAUUAAGAUGGGUGCCCUUUGCUUCCUGGCAUCCUUUUGGCUGGCCCUGGUGGGAGGCGCAAUCGCUGACAAUGCUGAGAGAUACAGUGCUAAUCUAAGCAGCCACGUGGAGGACUUCACCCCUUUUCCAGGGACAGAGUUCAACUUUCUGGGCACCACCCUUCGACCCCCUAAUUUGGCCCUGCCUAGCAACGGCUCAAUGCAUGGCUAUUGCCCACAGCAGACAAAAAUCACUACGGCUUUCAAAUAUAUCAACACUGUGAUAUCCUGUACCAUUUUCAUCGUGGGAAUGGUGGGGAACGCCACUCUCCUAAGAAUCAUUUACCAAAACAAGUGUAUGAGGAACGGCCCCAAUGCGCUCAUAGCCAGCCUGGCCCUUGGAGACCUUAUCUACGUGGUCAUUGAUCUCCCCAUCAAUGUGUUUAAGGCACUGGGCUGGGGAUAUGGCUCUGUAGACAAAGUGCCCGGACCUGUGUUCACAUCCCAGCACAUGAGCAAGAAGCCAGGCAUGGCGGUAUAUGUCUAUAAUCUCUGUGAGGUAGAGAUGGGUGGAUCCUGGGCACUCAGUGGUCAGUCAGUCAACCCCCCAAAAACCUGUGAAGUUCAGCCUUUUGACCACAAUGAUUUUGGAGUGUUUCUCUGCAAGCUGUUCCCCUUUCUGCAGAAGUCGUCCGUGGGCAUCACUGUCCUGAAUCUCUGCGCUCUCAGUGUGGACAGGUACAGAGCAGUGGCUUCCUGGAGCCGGGUUCAAGGAAUCGGGAUCCCCUUGAUUACCGCCAUUGAAAUUGUCUCCAUCUGGAUCCUUUCCUUUAUCUUGGCCAUCCCAGAAGCAAUCGGCUUCGUCAUGGUACCCUUCGAAUACAAGGGCGAGCAGCACAGGACCUGCAUGCUCAACGCCACGACCAAGUUCAUGGAGUUUUACCAAGAUGUGAAGGACUGGUGGCUCUUUGGAUUCUACUUCUGCAUGCCCUUGGUGUGCACAGCCAUCUUCUAUACCCUCAUGACCUGUGAGAUGCUCAACAGAAGGAAUGGGAGCUUGCGGAUCGCCCUCAGUGAACACCUCAAGCAGCGUCGAGAGGUGGCAAAGACCGUCUUCUGCUUGGUUGUUAUCUUCGCCCUGUGCUGGUUCCCUCUUCACUUAAGCCGCAUUUUGAAGAAAACCGUCUAUGAUGAGAUGGAUAAGAACCGGUGUGAACUGCUCAGCUUCUUGCUGCUCAUGGAUUACAUUGGCAUUAACCUGGCAACAAUGAACUCUUGCAUAAACCCAAUAGCUCUGUAUUUUGUGAGCAAGAAAUUCAAAAAUUGUUUUCAGUCAUGCCUCUGUUGCUGUUGUCACCAGUCCAAAAGCCUCAUGACCUCGGUCCCCAUGAAUGGAACGAGUAUCCAGUGGAAGAACCAGGAGCAGAACCACAACACAGAACGGAGCAGCCACAAGGACAGCAUGAACUAACCCUG